AUGUGUAAGGUGCAACAGUGUGCACUGAUGGUAGUUAUUAUUAUUUUUUUUUCAGAUAUUUUAAUUGCAGCGAGUAAAGCGUAAAAUUUAGAUAACAAUGGCACACUUAUUGACUGUUGUAAGAACAUCGAGUUUCAGGGCCGUACUUCAUUCCAAUAUAAGAUGUAUGUCCUCUGGUCUUCUAUUAAACGAACCUAAAUACUCCUUUCUCAAGGAUCUUGGCUUGGAGGAAACUAAUGCCGGAGUUUAUGACGGGGCAUGGAAAGGUUCAGGAGAGAUUGUGACCUCUAUCUGUCCCUCUAAUGGGCGUCCUAUUGCCGCUGUAAGGACAGGAAACCUGCAGGAUUAUGAGGACUGUGUCAAGCAAGCUCAGGAAGCGUGGAAGGUUUGGGCGGAUAUAACUCCGCCUCAUCGUGGUGAAAUUGUCCGCCAGAUUGGAGAUGAACUCAGGAGUCAGCUGUUACCCUUGGGGAAACUGGUGUCACUGGAGAUGGGGAAAAUAGUCCCCGAGGGGGUGGGGGAAGUCCAGGAAUAUGUUGAUAUUUGUGAUUAUGCUGUCGGGCUAUCAAGAAUGUUUGCAGGACAGGUAAUUCCAAGUGAGAGGCCGGGGCAUGCUUUGAUAGAAAACUGGAAUCCUCUCGGAGUUAUUGGUAUUAUUACUGCUUUUAAUUUCCCUGUAGCUGUUUAUGGUUGGAACUCAGCUCUAGCAAUGGUCUGCGGAGACACUAUGAUCUGGAAGGGAGCCCCCUCUACCCCUCUGACCUCAGUAGCAAUAACAAGAUGUGUUGCUAAAGUUUUAGAGAAUAAUAGUCUUCCUGGAGCAAUAUCUGCUCUAUGUCAGGGAGGAACAGAUGUAGGUCAGCGUAUAGCAGAAGAUCCACGUGUUAAACUAGUCUCAUUUACCGGAAGUACUGAGGUUGGCAAGAAGGUAGCCAUGACAGUUCAAAACAGGUUUGGUAAACAUCUGCUUGAGCUGGGAGGUAACAAUGCCCUGAUAGUAAAUGAAGAUGCUGAUCUUGAAAUGGUUGUCAGAUCAGCUGUGUUUGCUUGUGUUGGUACCGCAGGACAAAGAUGUACAACGCUCCGAAGAUUAAUCCUCCAUGAGAAGGUUUAUGACGAGGUUUUGGAGAAAUUGAAGAAGUCGUAUUCCUCUAUCGUGAAGAGGGUUGGAGAUCCACUAGAUGAUGGAACUCUAUAUGGUCCUCUACACUCAAAACAAGGAGUGCAAGCAUAUCAGAAGACUAUCCAGGAUGCUGUGAGGGAAGGAGGUAAGAUUGAGUUUGGAGGCAACCUGAUGGAUAGAGAAGGGAACUACGUAGAACCAACAAUUAUAUCUGGACUCAACCAUGAUUCUCCCGUUGUACACAGAGAAACCUUUGCUCCAAUUGUCUACGUGUUGAAGUGUUCUAGCCUUGAGGAGGGAAUAUCAAUUAAUAAUGAAGUAGAACAGGGGUUGUCGUCUUCACUCUUCACUAAAGAUCUAGGAAAUGUUUUCAAGUGGUUGGGACCCAAAGGAUCAGAUUGUGGAAUUGUCAACGUGAAUAUCCCAACCUCUGGGGCAGAAAUCGGCGGAGCUUUCGGCGGAGAAAAGGCAACCGGCGGCGGUCGGGAAUCAGGGUCUGACUCCUGGAAACAGUAUAUGCGAAGAUCCACCUGUACUAUUAACUACACAAAGGAGCUACCCCUAGCACAGGGAAUUAAGUUUGAGUAAUCUUGACAGAAACAUUUUCUUUGUUACGUGAACAGACUUCUAUCCUUCCCAACAUUCUGACUAAUAUACCCAUCUAUAAACAUAUCAAUAAAUGAAAACCUAAUUCUGUCAUAUUAUUUGUAAUAAAUAAUAUAAUUAUAUUUUAAUAAAUAAGAUUAGAAA